UACCACUGCAAAACCUUGUGGAGACACAUGCAGAUGUUCACGUCAUACCAGAGGGUGCGGAGCAUAUUAUCAGAUCGCCUGGACGAAGAGAACCCUAACCUUCAAAAAAUAAACUGCGACGCCGCGCUAACACGUUAAAAGGGUCAUCAAGCUCAAAACGACUGAAAUCAACAACCAAAGCAGCUGUAUCGACGAGCGGCGAAACAAAUGUGGGGGAAACGUCGCACCCUAAGGUGGUGACUGCAUCGAAGACGGCUGUUACUACUCUGCCCAAAACCAAACGUGUCAAGCCUUUGGAGCGAAAUAAUAACGCAAUUAGAGACUUGGUGCUUAGUGAUUUGGGAGACUCAGUGCGGUAUAUUGCACAGCUAGUAUCAAAGGAGGGCACUAAUGAGGUGGAUAAAAAGCGGGGUUUAGAGAAUCUAAGAGCCUCUUUAGCAAGUGUACAUUUAGUGUUUCCAAAACCGAUCCAGGUUUACGGUGCUAGCCUCUUAGACGUAUUUUCUAAAGAGGAUGCCGCUCUAACCUCUGGAUUUCAUUACCUGAUAAUGCUAUUUCAUGGUUCAUUGGCGAAGACCCACCGGGAUAAAUGACUAAAUUUCGUUUUGUUAAUCUCAACAGAAUAGCCUUGUAUGUACAGGCUAUGGACACUGUGCAUGGUGCAGUCCAGAGAAUAUUGGAUGAACUUUCUCCAAACAUUGGGGCAAAUGAUUUUGUACAGCUGCGUUCGACUGCGGGUGGUUUUAACAAACCCUUGUUCUCACGCAGGAGACACCCCGGAGAAUUAAAUGCUGCCGAUUUUUUAAGCCAUAUCUCAGACCUCCUACAGAGCUACACAGAAGUUCUCACCGAUGACAGCCUCCGAUUAGUGGCGACGAUAGUUCGGAAUAUGCAGGGGGGUGCCCGCCGAAGAUUUAAAUCCGUUCUGUACAGCCGGGUAAUUGCUCGGAAAAAAGCGCACCUUAUCGACUUUACAUUACAUGGGGGGUAAUCUGUGUUUCGCCGGGAGUGUGUACGGUUUGUGGAAUGAAGGUUGUACUGAUGGGAAAAUGUUACAGGGCGCUAAACGAAUGCACAAAGAGUUGGGUUUUCCAGAGAAUCGGAAAAUUUGUUUGUCAGACAUUACUGCUUUUGAAAAACAUUUAAAGGUGGUCAUGACCACGACCAGGGUGAUUGGAAAUAUUUUUCAACGGGGCCCACACCACCAAAUUCUAAAAUACUUUUUGUUCUACUGCAUGAAGAGCAUUUUUAAAGGGUUUUAAAUAUUAAAGCUUUAGUGGGGGCAGCGUAUUUUUGCACUAACUGCCAUGCGGCGUAUAGCCACAAGAAUGCACAAGCCUGUGUUAAAGCUUGUGAAACCUGUUUAGAUCCCCAGUGUUGCGAAAUUGAUGCAGAAAUUCAGAAUUGCCCGGUCUGUAAGGUCUUUUGUCGUAGCACUCAGUGUUUGGCGAGACACUUUCAGAAUGCGGCGACGGGUGUUAGUAAGUAUGAGCGCAGGGUCUUUUGUGAGAAAUGUGGGGUUUAUAACCUCGCAAGUCACAAAUGUAAAGAGAAACUGUGCACGCGUUGUAACAAUGUGAUCGACACCCCUCACACACAUUUGUGCUACAUACCGCCUUUGGACAACCCCAAAAUUUCAAACAUGUACAUCUUUUUAGACUUUGAAUGCAUGCAAGAAACGGGAACACACAUACCAAAUUACGUCCACGCCCUUCAUAUUAACAAUAAACGAAGCUGGGAAUUUUAUGGUGAAACUUGUCUUAAGGAUUUUGUGUGUCAAUUUAUCGAUAUACGUUCAUAUCGCACAAUGGCAAGGGAUAUGACAAUUACCUAGUAAUCAGACAGUUGUUAGAUGAAAAGAUGGACAUUGAACUAAUUAAAUCAGGGUGGUAAGAUAAUGUGUAUGACCGUAAAAGCUCUGAACAUCAGAUUUAUCGAUUCUCUAAACUUUCUACCUAUGAAAUUAAGCAAACUGCCGGCAGCCAUGGGGUUCCCCGGGGGUAGGGGUCAUUUUCCACACUUGAUGAACACUUCUGCCGAGCAAAAAAGCCGAGUUUUUGGUUUGGUAUGAAGAUUGCAAGGGAAGUGUGUUUAACUUAGAGAGAGUUGAAACGUUACUGCCAUUUGGAUGUGGCAAGUCUAAGAGAAGGCUGUGUCAGGUUUCGGGACGAGGUCAUGAAUAUGACCAGACAGACACGCGUGAGUGAGUCAGGGGCCGCCUGCGUUGUGUGCAUCGACCCCUUUCAGUUUGUGACCAUCGCUAGUGUCUGCAUGGCCAUGUUCAGACUUAUGUUUUUACAGGAAGAGACGAUAGCGUUGCUACCCCAUGACAAUUACCACUGCCAGCAAAAACGAUUUUCUACACCCAGCAUUCAGUGGCUUAUGUACAUCAAACACACAGAGCCCAUUAAAAUCCAACACGUGUUAACCAUGGCCGGUGAGACAGCCUUUGAGUUCAACGGUUGCUUUUUUCACGGUGGUAGUGUUUGUUAUUGUGAAAACGAGUUUAAUCCGCGAACAAACACUACUUUUGGUUGGUUGUACAGAAAGACGAUGGUGAAAAUUAAUUUUCUAAAAAUGAGAGGUUUUAACGUGCAAGUUUUGUGGGAGCACGAGUUCAGAGACAUGCUUGUUGAAAAUGGAGACUUGGGUAAAUUUCUAACAGCUGCGCAGUUACCAGAGCCUCUGCAACCACGUGAUUUGCUUUUUGGGGGGAGAACAAAUGCUAUUUGUUUGCAUUACACAGCGCAGCCCGGUGAAAAAAAUCAUUACUAUGAUUUCACCAGUCUGUAUCCAUUUGUGAACAAAACUAAAAAAUACCCACUGGGGCACCCCCGAAUAAUAUAUAACAACUUUGGAGAUUUAAAAUGGUAUUUCGGCUUAGCGAAGGUGAAAGUUUACCCACCCAGACGUUUGUACUUUCCAGUUCUUCCAACCAAAUUUGACAAAAAACUGUUUUUCACACUGUGUUGUACGUGUGCUGAAACAAAACAGACCACUCCCUGCGAGCACAGUGAUGAAGAUCGCGCCUUGACUGGUGUCUGGUGCACCCCUGAAUUACAGAUGGCCUUAGAUCUGGAGUAUAGUGUGUACAAUUUACUAAAUUUGGCAUUUCACACGAUCUUUUUUCUGACUACAUCAAAAUGCAUCUGAAAGGGAAACGGGAAGCUUCGGGUUUCCAGAUGUCGCAAAACAACAUAGAUAUAGCAGCGAAUAUUAUGAAAAGAGGGUGUCCAGCUGGACCCCGGCAACAUUAAAAAGAAUCCGGCCAAAAGACAGCUUUCAAAAAUUGCUUUGAACAGUUUGUGGGGCAAGUAUGGGCAAAAGAGACAAUUUACCACAGACCACCAUUGUGAGAAACACCGAUGAAUUGUUCAGGUACUUAUUUACGCCAUAUCAUGAGGUGUCAGCCUGCGAGUUUAUCGAUGAAAACACAGCCUGUGUUAUGUGGAAACCCACUAAACACCACUAUGCAGGCCAUUCAAACACUAACAUUUUCAUUGCUAGCUUUACAACUGCCUAUGCCCGCUUGGAGUUAUACAAUCUGCUAAAUGCUUUGCAAGGCCGCUGUCUGUACCACGACACAGAUUCCGUUAUCUUUGUGAGCCGGGAGGGUGAGUGGAAUCCGGGGCUGGGUGACUAUUUGGGUGAGCUGACCAGCGAAAUCGAUGCUGGACAACACAUGACCGAGUUUGUGUUAAGCCUGUUUAAAGGUGAAAGGCAUUACGCUCAAUGUGAACAAUUGUGAAAAAGUUAACUUUGAGAGUCUGCGGGACUUGGUUUUUGACUAUGGCUUUAACCCUUAUGCAGAGUGCCGGGAAUUUAAACAUUUCUAUUCAACAGCCGAUGAUCGCGCGUGUUAAAAAGGAUUGGCGCAUUGAGACCCGGACCUUAAAGAAAACCCAGAAGGUGGUGUACGACAAGCGGGUGCUGCAAGAAAAUUAGUCAUUGUUGCCCUACAGAUAUUAACACGAUGGAUGUCAGGUUAAAACACCCUUUUUCAUGCAUUUUGUCCGGACCCUCAAAUUGCGGUAAAAGUUAUUUUAUAAAACAACUCUUGGAGAACGGUGAUACCGUUACGACUCGUAAACCCGAAAACAUAGUCUGGUGUUACAGCUGCUGACAACCUCUAUACGCUGAGUUGCUUGUGAAAUUUCCAUACAUUCAGUUUAUAGAAGGACUACCGACGUCGUUUUCCGACGACCAGCUACUGCCGCCGGGUAGAGUAAAUUUGAUUAUAGUUGAUGAUUUGAUGGAGUCUGAGUGUGAAAAUAAUGAGAUAGAAAAAGCUUUUACCAAAUACUGUACGUACAGUACACCACCAAAGCCUCAGCAUCAUGUAUAUCGUCCAAACUGUGUUUUGUGAAGGCCGGAAAAGUAGAACCAUAGCGUUAAAUACAAAGUACAUGGUGCUGUUUAAAAACCCUAGAGAUAAACUACAGAUUACAACCCUGUCCCGGCAGACGUACCCCGGUAAAGCCACAUUUUUUUCUGAAGCGUUCGAGGACGCUACUAAAAAAACCUUUCGGUUACUUGUUGGUGGAUUUAAAUGCCGACACCCCAGAUGACUCCAGAUUGCGAACAGGUCUUUUCCCCCCAGAUGUACCCAUGGCUUAUGUAUUAAAAUAAAAUAAUCUAAAAGUCGGUGAUCUCGCAACCACAGACUCAGUCGAAAAAACACGUUCAGGGCGUCG